AUGGACUGGGCAAACGCAGGACUCGGCUUCAAGCUCGCAGAACCUCCUGCAUCCUCGACAAGGCGCAAUCAACCACCCUCCCGCUCGGCCCCGGCACCCCGCAAGUCGCAGCAGCCCAGGCAGCGCCUCCUCCGCCCCGUCGACUCGGUCCCCCUCGUCACCCCUCGCCCCUCCUCAUCUGCCGCACCGAGACCGACCCACACGCAGUCCAAGCUGUCCCUCGCACCCCCGCAACGCCCACCGCUCGCCGACAAGCGCAACCGCCGCGCUUCGCCCCCGCCCUCGUCCCGCGACUCGAACACCAAGGCCAAAGGGCGCGCCCUCGUCCCCGACAGCGACGACUCGCCCGCUCAGCCCGCACCAAAACCCGGCUGGCUGUCGUCCAUGUUCGGCCGCGCGCCAAGGCCCCGCCUUCCCGGCUCGUCGUCCGCCUCGUCCUCGACCCCGUCGUCCGCCGCUCGCCCGACCAACCUCGGCCGCGCCAUCCUCCACCCUGUCCACCCUCGCCGCGGCCCGACCAUCGACUGGGACGGUCCCGAACUCGCAGCCGACGACGACGAGCUCUUCGACGAGGACGCGCGCCGCAAGCGCCGCAGGACCGAGGACCGCGGCGGGUUCGGCCGCCUCGACCUGUGCGACGAGGACGUCCACGCCGGGUUUGGCACGCAGCUGGGCGACGACGACGACCGUGUGCGGCGCACCAAGCGCUCGCUCGAGAUGGACGCCGGCGAUGGCGAGGCCGACGUCAAGCCGCGCACGGGCCGCGACGCGCACCUCGACGCCGCGCCGCAGCACAUCACGCUCGCGUCGUCGUCCUCGCCGACCACGAGCGCCGUUGCCGCCCGCUCCGUCGACGACGACGACAGCGAGCUCGAGCCCGAGCCGUCGACGGCCUCGUCCGGCUCGAGCGCCAAGCGCGACCUCCAGGCGCAGCUCGUCCCGCCGCUCAAGCGCCCGCCGCGCGUCCUCGUCCCCGACUCGGACCCGCUCGGCGGGUCCGACGACGCCGACGCCGACGAGCUGGACGGCACGGUGUCGGACGACGAUCGCGAGGACGAGCUCGACGCGCUCGUGCAGCGCCUCGGCGGGGCGAGCAAGGGCGGUGCGGGCGCAAGGGCGGGCGUCGACGACUCGGGCUUUGCCGAGGUGAGCGGCAUGGACGUCGAGCGCGGCGAGGAGGACGACGACGACGAUCCCGCCGGCGAGCGCGACGAGACGCCGAGCCCGGGCGACUUGGCCGGCCCCGACGAGGUCGUGGACCUCACCGUCGUCCCGAGCUCGUCGCCGCUUGUCUCGAAUGCGCACGAGCUCCUCGGCCCGCCUCGGCCGUCGGCUCGCCCUCCUUUGCGCCCCGACGCCGACUCGUCGACGUCGACCUCGAGCGGCGGCAGCGGCGGCUCGUCGCUCGGCCGCACCGCGUCGGGCAUCCUCAUGCCGCCACCUGCGCUCCCGCGCAAGCGUCUGCGCCGCGGUGCGCCGUCGACUCGCGCCGCAGAGCUCGAAGCCGAGGCCGAGGUCGAGGCGCAGGCUCGAGCGCGCGUCCUCGUCGAGGACACGCAGGUGCGCUCGCCGAACAAGGUCGGCGAGCCUCGCCAGCGACCCGCACCGAGGCCGUUCACGGUCGUGUGCGACGAGACGCAGACGCAGCUCGACGUCGACGCCGACCUCGAGCACCUUGACGUCGAGCCGCUCCCGCUCCCGCCCAUCCCGCACUACCGCACCCUGCCGCGCCUCCCUCGCCCGCCCAACCUCGCCGGCUCGGGCGCCCUCUCGUCGCCCGCCGUCGGCGGCCUCGCCGCUGCGGGAGGAACGUUCCUCUCGAGCGACCCGGACCACCUCCCGCCGCUGCCGACGCCGCGCCCUCUCGCCGUCCCGCUGUCUCCCUCGCCCGCUCGCCCUGCCCCGACCGCCAUCGUCAACGCCGGCGUCGCGCCGCACCUCACCGCGCCCGACACGCCGCACGACCCGGCCUGGGCCUCUCUCGCCUCGGCCUGGGCCGGCGCACGGCCCCCGAGCCCGGGCCCGCCGCGCCAGACGCUCCUCGGCGACUUUUUCGCCGUCGUGCCGGCGUCGCAGGCGUGCGCGACUGGCGGCGACGAGGGCGAGCUCGUCGAGGACUCGCAGGUGCCGCUCGGGGCGGGUGCAGGCGCGGGAGCGGCCGAGAGCGCGCUCGAGGAGGCGCUCAGGAGGCAGAAGGCGGUCAAUCUCGCGAGGGAGCGCGGUGUCGGUCGAGCGGGAGCGGCGGCGCACGAUGCCGGCGGCGUCGAACAAGCGGUGGACGAGGUGCUCGAGGUCGAGGUCGAGGAGGACGAGGUGCCCGACUCGGACCCCGAGGACGACGCGCCGGCCCUCUCGCCUUCCCUGCGCCGCACUAUCCUCCUCUCGACCGCCACUGCCACCAGCACCCUCGUCGUCCCUCCCCCUCCCUCCUUCCGCCCUCUGCGUCCCACCGCCGCACCGACCUCCUCCUCCGCCCGCUCGACCCCGACCGCCGCGGCCGUCCCAGGCCCACCCAGUCCGCUCGGCACGCCCAUCCGCAAGCGCUUCCCGCGCUACUCGCCGGGCAAGCUGCGCCUCGCCGUCGAGCGGUGGGCGGGCGCCGGCGGGCCGGCCCCGACCGCAGCGCCGGCGACGGCGGGUCCCGCGCUCGAGUCGGGCGCAACGAGCGCUCGCGACGUGUUCGGCGCGGCGUCUGCGCCGGUGCCUGGUGCGGUCGAGGGCGAGGGCGCUCCGUGCGUCGGCGAGGGCGGCGAGCAGGGUCCGAGCGCCCGGCCAGGAGCCGCAGGUGCCGACGAGACGCAGUGGGAGUCGUACUGGAGCUACCCGGCGUCGUCGGGCGAGGCUGCGACGCGUGCGGCGGGCGCCGAUGAGGGCGCCGGACGUCACGACGAGCCAGCCUAUGAGCUCGAGGACGACGACGACGACGACGACGAUGAAGAGUCGCUCGCGCUCCCUCCAGGGUGGACUCGCAGCGCCCGGGGCGAGCUCGUGCGUGUCCCGACGCCGGCAGCGACGGCGAGGGCGGACGUGUCGGUCGAGCUGGGCGAGUUCGAGGACGAGACGCUCGCGGGCUGGUGA